AGAUGGUGCUUUUUCCCAUUCCAUCCAAUCUGUUACUCAGUCAGCUAUUGACUUUAAAUUUGACCUUUUUUUGUUUUCCAAAGCACAGAAGACCUUUAAAUAAAUCUCCAUCUUUCAGCUAUGAUUCACACUUAACUACACUUGUUGAGGCGCACAACGCACGUUUGAUAAAUAAUAAUGUGGAAUCAGAUGCGUUUCCGUAUUUGAAUUAAAACAGAAAUACGUUAAAAUAUCUGUUCAGUGUGAACGUAGAUAAAUAGUUAAUGUUCCACAUCGAUCGGCUCCUCUUAUUAUUCCAACUGGUUUUGUGGAUGUUUGGAGCUACUUUGCGGUCAUCAGUCCUUCAUCCUGUUCUUCAUCCAGCAGCAGCCCAUCCCUCUCUGUGCUCUCUGUGCUCUGUGUUCUCUGUGCUCGGUGGGCGUGGUGUGAGUUGGGAAAACAAACUGCAGACACCCUCGGAUACUUCCUCACCCUGGUAAACCCUGCAUCACUUCACUUUCCCCACGGCUCCUCGUCAGCUGGCCGUGCGCAAUUCACCAAACAGUCGAGUUGCGCCUUUUUUUGGGGGGGGGCUUCCCAACUGGGCUUUUACGCGCUGGUUGUUGCGCACUGAACCACCGGGACAACAUCUCCGACCAGCACUACUCUGAUUUCUUAUCCGAUGGAGGGAGCAGACUGCACCAGAGAGAGACACACACCGACAGCACUGUGAACGGACGAGCCUUCAGGAGCCGUCAGGAGCCGGCAUGUACUAGUAGUGACAGACGGAGGUUGGAGAGCAACAAGAAACAGCAGACACUGACUAAACAUGAGCGGAGGAGAGAUCAUCUUCCAGGGCUGGCUGAAGAAGUCACCGCCGGAGAAGAAACUGAGAAGAUAUGCAUGGAAGAAACGCUGGUUCAUACUUCGCAGCGGCCGCAUGAGUGGUGACCCCGACGUUCUUGAGUACUACAAGAACGACCACUCGAAGAAACCCAUCCGGGUCAUCGACCUGCACUGCUGCGAGCAGGUGGACGCCGGCCUGACCUUUAAGAGGAAGGAGUUCCAGGACAGCUUUGUGUUUGACAUCAAGACCUCGGACCGCACUUUUUAUCUCGUAGCCGAGACCGAGGAGGAGAUGAACAAGUGGGUCCGCUCCAUCUGCCAGCUGUGCGGGUUCAACCAGUCAGACGACAACCAAGAUGGCAGGUUGCAGCAUAUGCCUCGUUCUGUUGGAGCAGAUGUCACCGGCUCGAUGGCUCCGCUGACCGGGGAACGCAAGUCCUCUGCCCCGAUCCACUCCAGCCAGCCGGUCCUCUUCACCUUUGAUGUGCCUGUGCGCCACACACACCAUGGCUCCCUGUCCAACAGUGCACCCCAGGACUACCUCCUCCUCCACCAGUGCAUGAGCAGGAAGACAGAGAGUGCACGGAGUGCCAGCUUCUCCCAGGCCACACGAAGCAAUCUGUUUGUAGGGAGCGACUCUGCGGUGCAGAAACUCUCCCAUGGCUUUUCCCACUGUCUGAAUGGCAUGGGCGCUCAGUUGCACGGCUUCUACAGCCUGCCCAAGCCAGGGAAACACCAGUUGCCGGGGACUGAUGACUCUUCGCAGGAAGCCUGCUACGUGCUCCCGCGAGGUUACAGCUCUGAGUCGGCUUCUCACAGCGGUCUAGGUGAUCCCGAUCUGGAGAACGAAGAGGUGUACACCUUCAAAACGCCCUGCAACACCCUCGCCACCAUGCACAACAACGAGCGUCCAACCGACAAUUACGACCUUCCUACGACGCCUGGCUCCUUCUACCAGAUCCCCCGGACGUUUGAUAAGAAUCAUAAUAACUUGACGCCCUCCAGCUCUGAGUCGUCCUGUGCUCCUCCUCCCAGGCCCCCUAAACCUAGCCAGGGGUCAGAGGGGCAGUGGGGGAGCCCCCAGUCAGCAGGGAGCCAGAACGGAGAGGUGACGCCGGCAGUGUCGGUUAUCCCACGCAGGAAUACUCUCCCUGCUGUCGAGAACAUCAGGCUGCACAGAGGCUCCUCCUUUGAAACUAACAGCCAUCACCGUCCCAUCCAUUUCAACAACUCAGGCCAGUCUGUGGAGUCUGUCAAUGAUGGGUUCAGCUCUUACCUGCGAACCAGAGCGCCUCUGACUCGCUCAGACAGCGGCAACUCAGAUGACAACUAUGUGCCCAUGAAUCCUGGCUCCUCGCCACUCAGCGCUGCCCAGGCUGACAGUCCUAAAAAUAUCUACAUCCCUAUGAGCCCUGGGCCACAUCACUUUGAUUUCCCAGGAUUCUCCGCAACGUUACCUGCCCGUAAGGGGAGCAGUGCCUCCCUGUGUCACCGGCCCAGCCGCCUCAGUGAUGUCACACCGCCACCCAUCAACCGCAACCUCAAACCUAACAGGAAAUCGAAGCCAACACCUCUUGAUUUGAAGAACAGUGGGAUCAUUGAUGAGCUGCCAUUUAAGAGCCCAGUCACCAUGUCCUGGACACGGCCCAUGCCCGCUAUGAACUCCAUGUCCUCCCAGCACUGUCGACCCAUCUCGACACAAAGCAUCACCAGCACAGACUCCGCAGACAGUGAGGAGAAUUAUGUGGCUAUGCAGAACCCGGCGUCUACCUCCCCGGCCGUGAGCGGCACCAGCAGCCCGGCCCCUAGGAAGUGUGGCAACGUGGACUACCUAGCGCUGGACUUCCAGCCUGGGUCACCCAGCCCGCACAGAAAACCCUCUACAUCCUCUGUGACCUCUGAUGAGAAGGUGGACUACGUGCAAGUCGACAAGGAGAAGACCCAGGCACUGCAAAGCACCAUGCAGGAGUGGACCGAUGUGCGGCAGUCUACUGAACCUGCCAAGGGGGUCAAGUCCUGACACUGACCCGUACAAAACAAUGACAGAAAACACAACAAAAUUCCAACCUUAAGUCAAGCAUCUCUAGUAUCAUGUUUCUAUCAUUACUAUGAAUACUGGUUGGGCUUGUUUAAGACUGAAAUACUUGGACAAAAAGCCAUAACCUAUCCAAUGCCUGUUCUCUGUGAUGAUUUUUACUGCAAUGCACUGCUAACAUGCAGGAUAUCAGGCCAUACAGGUGAAGCGCCCUGCCAAAGCUCUUCAUGCAGACUGUUAUAACGGUCUACGGACUCAUGUGUAUGAAAAUAUCAUCCCUACUCAUCAACCCAUCCUUUAUAAAUUAAGUGUUUCAUCAAAGCUGUCCCCACCCACCCCCCUCUGUCAAACAUCUAGCAGGUAAUUUACCCAAUUGCUGCCAUUUAAAAGAGUAGCAGAGGCUAACUGAUCGAUAACCAUAUUAAUAUACUGUAAGAGUAUGCUUACUGGUCUCAGGAAUGCCAAGAUGCACUCCAAUUUUGGCAUGCAGGCAGACUCUCUCUUUUCACUUCAAUCUAUCAUUUGUGCUGAGUCUUGCAGAAGCAGUGAAGAGAUUAUUUUCACUGCGGGCAAUCAUUUCAGCUUAGCAGUGCAUGUCUGGUAAAGAAGAGGAAGGGAGGGGGGUGGGGGGGAAUACAGCUUUACAAAUACGUAAAGGCCCGUGUCAGAAGCCUUAAUGAUGACUGCACAUGGCUGUUGCCUCGGUUUCAAUUAAGUAUGAGCCCGAACCAUAUUUAAAAAGCUGUCAGGCAGGAUGGCAGGCCAAUUAUUUCAAUGCAGGUACAAAGUCAGUAACGUCCAAAUGUACAGAAUGAAGGGAGCAAGACGGAUGAGAAGAAGAAGAAGAAGAAGCAGCUUGUGUCUUUGUACGGUUUGACUUUGGUGGUCAUUUCACUUCAGGUAAUAUUCUAAUACAUUUCAUUGUAAAUGUGCACUGACCAAGAGAAUUAUUGAGAUGGAGGCAGUAAAAAUGAAGCAGGAGGUGUACUUUCUAAGGAGUUCAGAUACCCCCUCUCUAUCUCUCUCCAGAGACCAUAAAUACAAGCUAAGUAGAAGGAGAAUCGCAUAUUUAUGUUUUCCAGAAUCCAACCAUUCACUGAUGUAUGUCUUCGGGUCUUUGAUACGCCACACACUACAGCUAUGUCUCUGAAGAGUAAUUGUUUCCUGUAUGUAAAUUAUUAAUAGAAUGACAUAUUUGCAGCACAUCUUGUUGACUGUUUGAUGCACUUGUCUGAGACAAAAAGGUGCACUGCAGUAAUGUAACAUUGUGCUGUUUCUUGCAAAGGCAGCCUGCCACAAUGAAGAUUUGCCAGUGAUCAUAGUCACUUAAAAACAGUUUAGGGAAGAAUGUUUUCUUAAUUUCCUAAACUCUUUUAUUUGUUUUAGUUUGCCUUAUAUUUUUCAUUUCAGUUUUGAGUGUAAAUUUUGCCUUGGAGAAUUUUAAUGAUUCACAAUAUUAUUCAAGUGAGAGCCAUAUUGUAUUUAGGACAACUGAAUGAUCAGUUUCUAGUUCAACUUAAGUCCAGUAUUUCAUUGUGGGCUGGAACCACUGAAGGGUGAUUUGAUCUUUCUAUGAAUAGCGUGGCCAUGCAGUGCUAGGUGGUAUUAUUGAUUAUUUCAUUAAGAUUUACGUCUUAAUGUUUUUUCUACCAUUUUUACUGCGUUUUGUAUUCUUUUUAUCAUUAUUUUUUACUGAUACAUGUAAGCAAGUGAUAUUCAAAAAGGAUGGGGUCAGGCUAAAUUAAGCUAAGUUUGUUACAGCGUGUAUUUUAUUUUAAUUUUUUUUUUUAAUUCCCAAGUUGAAUUUGUAUGAUCUAUACAUGAAAUGGGGAGGCUGGCAGUUUGAGUUGCACUGGCAAAGCCCUUCCCGGGUGAACUGUGAUUCACAAAGCGCGAGAGCAAGAGAGGAAAGAAAAGACUGAAGAAAAGCCUGUCUCCCUGUCAGUCUCUGAAGUGAAAUGGAUGUGUAAUUUAUUAUCUAGAGAUGCCCGUCGUAAGCAGAAGAGCCGUGUAUGUGUUGUGGUAGAUUGUGAGUUGUAGUAUGUUUAAUGACAGCCUGACUGGGCGAGAUUGAAAACACUGCUCAGAUCUACUGUCAGACUGUCACUGGGUUGACGUACUGUACUAGUAGAGAUCUUUUUUUUUAACCACUGUUAUUGCUACUACUGUAAAGCAUUUGCAGAUUGCUUGUGUGUUAAUUUAUUAAUUUAUUGUGCAUUUUGCAGUUAAUAAUUGUAAAAAAAAAAAGAAGAAAAAAAAACCCAACAACAACCAAACAAGGAAACCUUCUCUCUACUAACAUUGAUGUAUGCAAACUGUCUUGAUUUUGUGAAGCAAUAUGACAGACGAUGCCAGUGUGAUGGUAAUGUGGUACAGUUCAUUUGGGAUACGCAAGAAUACAAGACGUUGUUAUUCCUGUAUUAUGGUAGACUUAAACUGUGGACAUAGAAUAAAUCAAGAAGUGAAA